CCGCCCGCCGGGCCGCUCCCCCCGGGCAGGCACGGGGUGGGCAAGGCCGAGGACACCUCCAAGACGUCCCCGUUCCACCUGGACCUGUGGUUCUCCUUCACCCUGCAGAACUGGGUGCUGGAUUUCGGGCGCCCCAUCGCCAUGAUCAUCUUCCCCCUGGAAUGGUUUCCUCUCAACAAACCCAGCGCUGGGGAUUAUUUCCACAUGGCUUACAACGUCAUCACCCCCUUCCUGCUGCUGAAGCUCAUCGAGAGGUCCCCCAAGACCCUGCCCAGGUCCGUGGUCUACCUCAGCAUCAUCACCUUCGUGAUGGGCGCCAGCAUCCACCUGGUGGGAGACUCGGUGAACCACCGGCUGAUCUUCAGCGGGUACCAGCACCACCUGUCCGUGAGGAUCCCACGAGCCCGGGAUCUCUCGGGGCGCUCUCCCCGCAGGUACCUGGUGACCGAGGGCCAGCUCUUCAUCCUCUUCCUGCUGACGGUGCUGGCCAUGCUGGCGCUGGCGCUGCGGCGGCGGCGCCGGGGGCUGCUGCCCGACAGCAACGGGCGCUUCCUGCUGCUCUCCUUCCUCCUCGGCCUCCUCCUCGUGGGCGCCUGGGUGGGCUGCCUGUGGCACGACGGCGUCCUGCGCAGGAGGUACCCGGGGCCCAUCUACGUCCCCGAGCCCUGGGCCUUCUACACGCUGCGCCUCGCCCGCGCGGCGCCCUGAGCAGAGGAGCUUGGGGGGAUGGAGAUCCCCAGUUGGGAAUAAAUCGCCUUGGAAUGGU